AUCUAGUGUACAGUAGUUGUUACCACCAUUACAAUACAACACAUUCUCUGUAUCUUAUACUAUUUCUCUCUCUCUCUCUCAAACAAAACAAAACCAAACCCAAAGCCAAAAUUUUUCACUUUGCAGUUUCCACCUUCUCGGCUUCCACCACCCUUUCGGCAUGGCGCACCACCCUUCCCAACAUCGGAACUUGGACGCUCCAAAAUCCAAACCUACAACCCCAAACUCAGAUCUCAUCCAAACCUAUAAACCCUCUUUUCUGGUAAAACACAUGUCAAGCCUAAACUUGGCUCAAACCCACAAAACUCGUCCACCCCACAAACACUCUCCUCUUGUCGACACCAACUUGCAGGGGAAGCCCAUGACAACCUCUGCCAUGGUCGUCCCAGAGAGAGAGAGUGAUGUUGUUGUGGCUGUGAAGAGAACCCACAAAGAGAAGUCCCAAAAGCGUAGUUUGGAAUUGGAAAGGAGGAAACUUGGUGAUUCUAAUGAUAAGGGUGUGGUUGAGGAUGCUAAGGUUGAAAAGAAGAAACCUGGUUUGGAGAAACAUGAUGGCGUUGAGAGAAUCUCUUUGUCUCUUGCUCCGGGUGGCGGCGGUGGGGGCAGAAGGAGAUCCUUCUGUGGGUCACAGGCUGAUUUAAGAGAUGUCUUUGCACUCAAUGGGGCGAAAAUGGUUUCUGUUGAUAUGCCACCGUUUAUGCAGAUCCACGCCGUGAAUUGUGCCAGAAAUGCUUUGGAUAGCAUGGAGAAGUUCACAUCCAAGACCCUUGCACUCUCCCUCAAAAAGGAAUUUGAUGGAGUGUAUGGGCCGGCAUGGCACUGUAUUGUGGGGACUAGUUUUGGGUCUUUUGUGACCCAUUCCGUUGGAGGGUUUCUAUAUUUCUCCAUGGAUCAAAAACUAUACAUUCUCUUAUUUAAAACUGCAGUACAAAAAGCAGGUUGAAGGAGGUUAAGUCUGCAAUGGAAGAAAGAAUUUUUGGAUACACUUAUUUUACAGAGAAAAGGCUUAGAGUAACAGCAGCUGCAGCCUCUGUACAUUGCUUCAGUUUCAAAUACUAUACCCCCCUUUGUUUCACUUUAACUCUACCUCAGUGGUUCUAAAGAUGUUAAUGCCGUGUAACAAAUGGAGCUAAUGGAAGAGAAGAAAAGAUCAACUUACAAGUCUGGAACCCCCAAUGUUGUUGUGUAUCAAUCUUUUUGACUGAAAUCAAUUUCUGUUGUACAAUUAUUGAAAUUCUAAUUUUUAAAUUGUUUCAUACAUUUCUAAUUGUAUCUACAAAAUAUGAUGCGGACAUUUUAUAUUCUUAA